GCUCCGCCCGGAAUAGUGACAGACGGGCAGACUGACGGGAGUCCGGGGCUCACUGUCCCACACACAGUCGAGUCGGUGUGGAACGAACGGAAGCUGCAUUCAUGAGAUCGGCUCUUUUCACGGAGUUUCGGCCACAAUGGGAGACGGAUCACCGUCAGUAGACUACAGCAAUGUCUCGAAACGCGGGACAGUGGACCACAGCGCUCCGGGCGUCGGCAUCUCCGAACAGUGGGUGAUAGGCAUGGGGAUACUUAUGGGAAUUAUUGUACUGAUCAUUGUGGUUGGAAAUAUUAUGGUGAUUGUCGCUAUAGCCAAGAACCAGAGGCUACAGACUCUGACCAACGUAUUCAUCGUCUCACUCGCGUGUGCGGAUCUGAUCAUGGGAGUAAUAGUGGUUCCCUUCGGUGCCGUGCUGGUGGUCAAAGACGCUUGGCUGUACGGGUCUUUCUUUUGUGAGUUUUGGAUUUCGGUGGACGUCCUGUGCGUUACCGCCAGCAUCGAGACGCUCUGCGUGAUUGCCAUUGACAGGUAUAUCGCCAUUACCUCUCCGUUCCGCUACCAAAGUUUGCUCACGAAAGCGCGGGCAAAGGGCAUAGUUUGUGUGGUGUGGGCUAUUUCAGCGCUGGUCUCGUUUCUCCCGAUCUUGAUGCACUGGUCGAGGGACGACGAAGAGACCUCCUGCUAUGACAACCCCGAGUGCUGUGACUUUGUCACCAACCAGGCUUAUGCUAUAGCCUCCUCUAUAAUAUCUUUUUACAUUCCUUUGGUGGUGAUGAUAUUUGUUUACGCCAGAGUGUACCGGGAAGCGAAGAAACAGCUGAGGAAGAUAGAUAAAUGUGAAGGACGGUUUCACAGUGGCCAGGGAGUUCCGAACGGAAAACCAAGCAGAAAAAAACCGUCUAAGAUUUUGGCUUUGAAAGAGCAGAAGGCACUGAAAACGCUUGGCAUCAUCAUGGGAACCUUCACUCUCUGCUGGCUACCUUUCUUCAUCGUCAACGUGCUGCGCGUGUUUUGCAGUGAAGUGGUGGACAGGGACCUCUUCGUAUUUCUAAACUGGUUGGGCUAUGUCAAUUCCGCUUUCAAUCCCAUAAUUUACUGCAGGAGUCCCGACUUCCGAAAGGCUUUCAAAAGGCUACUCUGCUGCCCACGACAAGCUGACCGAAGGCUGCACGUGAGCUCCUGCGACCUGUCACGCUGCUCCGGGGGUUUCAUUAACUCCAUGGACCUCAACAUGAUCGGCACCUGGUCUGAGUGCAAUGGGCUGGAGAGCAGCGACUGCAGUCUGGAGAAAACUGCGAAACAGAGCCCCUCUGAAUCGCAGCUGUAGCAAACGAAGUAUCUUCUGUAUAAGCGGACGUUUUACCUCUUUGUAAAAAGAAAAGAAAAAGUCAAAGAUACUGGAUGGGAUCGAAUUCUAUACAGUGCAAAACUAUACCUGUUGUUUAGAUCCUCUAAGAAUAGGCUAGUUAAUGUUGUUCGAAGAAUCGCUGACGCGUCUAAAAAAGAACAGAAGCUGAAAGGUUUUUGUCAAAGGCUCAUAAGCCAACUGGAGAUACAGACUAAAAUUAAAGUUAACGGGCUGUGCGGCUGGCGAAAAAUAUGUAGCCAAUAAAACCGUGCCUUUGAGAACGCUCUGUACGGACAACGGUCGACUGUGGGGCACAGACACAUACAACGUUGUAAAUAUAAUGAAGUCAUUAUAGGCUAUGGGUUCAAUAAUGAAUGUUUGACUCAUGGCUACAAAAUGUGCACAUUGCACAGAUAGACAUUGUUUACAUUAAACAUGCUUGUUAACGUGUGCCCUAAAAUGUUAAUUUGGUACUUUGUAAAGUAUGGGGCUGGAAGGUGAGGUAGGCCUAUGUCAUCCGUCUUGAUCAAUGAAAAAUAAUCUAUAUUAUUUAUUAAACUGGAACCGUGAGAUGUGCAUUCCGUAUUUUAAGCAUCUCUUGCUUAUUACUGGCCGAAGUGAAGCUUGCCUUUCUCUGUUGUUUUAAAGCAGGCGGAAAAUAAACGCCCCAUACUAUCUCUUUUUGAUUAAAAAAUAUUGGUUUAUAUAUUUCAACAAUCGCUUGUGGAAGGUGGUCGCUAUCUAUUAUAUAGGCUAUGUGAACUCUUAAAAUAAAUAUGGUAUAGUCUAUAUGUUUUUGACCCUUCCCCUUUAUGUUCAAGUUUGUGUGAAAGAGGAAGUGCAACACUUGUUCGUUCAGUGAUUGCGAGUAGUUUCCUGGCUUCGUGAAAAUGAAUGUAUAGGCUAUGUGACCUCUGUCUCUUCUCUCUAUUCCACCUGCAGUUUUGUCUGUUUUAUGACUCACUUGAAAUAUUAUAUAACGGCUGUCCAGCUGAUCAAUGUGCAAUAAAGUGUCCUAACAGGUUGAAAUGUGAGCACAGUAAAACUCAUUUGUAUAAUUAUUCCCA